CGCUGUAAUAUUUUAUUCGAACAUUUGUUUUCCGGUACUUCGAACUGUACUUCGGAGGAGAAUUAAGAGAAACCGAAAAGGAAGAAGCGUAAACACGCGAUAGAAGAAAAAAGAAAUUCAUCGUGCACGGUCGUAACACAGCGGAACACCGAUUAUCCGAGCAAGGUGCGGUAAUCCGGUAUAUCGAUAACUGUGUAUACAUACGUAUAUAUACGUGUAUUAUCGAAACACGUUCGCGGAUAGUAUCGGCAUAAACGUUCCUUGGAGAACGUCUGGCAGGAACGACGUCCGCGUCAGUCUCGUGGCGCAGCUGCUGAGAGCGCCGUUGGCACAACAUCGAUCGCGCACAGUCGGCCAUAACCUCUGUAACUCGCUACGUUGCUCGCUACCCUGGCUUCGCGGACCGAGCCACCGAAAAUUGCGCAGGAACAAACAGAAUCGCGAUGGGACGAAGCUAGGAAGUGGGAUUUGGUUGCUCGAAUAUCAUCCGAGAGGAGAGGAAAUUGGAAAAACCGGUGCGGUUCGGGCUUGGCGUUCUUGUCCAGGCCGAUAAGAAGACCUUCGAUCGUUGUGCAGCACCAUUUCCAAACGGUGUCCAGUUUCGGUGGGACGCGUCGUCGAGAAAUAAAAACGUGGAAGGUACCGAAUCGAAGAGGGACGAUUGAUGGGAGUCGAACUGCAGUGCGGUUGCGGGUUGGAUGCAUCGUAGCGGGUGAUUCCCCUGGGAAGGAAGUGGAAUAAGAGGUCCAGCCUCUUGGAACAGACGAGCAUGAGUGCUCGUGGUUCGUGGACGACGCGUGCAACGACGCGUGUUUCUUCUCGAUAGCGGCGUCUGCCGCGGACGUCGUCGUCUGACGUCAUUAGUUCCGGCGGGAAAGCCGACAAUAAUUAAAAAACGCACAUUGGAAACAUGGUGGACAAGGAAGACGUGCUCGUCAACCUCCAUUAUCUACCGAUCUUCCUCUUCGUUUCAUUGCCUUCCGUCUUUAUUUUGACUUAUAUAAUAGCGGUUAUGUUGGGCCACGUGGAAGCCGGGUUCCCUUACAUCUCGGACACAGCCACUUAUGCGCCAGAAAGCUGUAUAUUCUCCCAAUUUAUCAACAUGUUCGCGAUGCUCAUGUCGUUCGUAGUCUAUAUAAGGUAUUCCCAAGUAAAAGAAUGUUCGAGCACUUUUAGAUUGCAAACCUCCCUACCAAAAUGGAACCAUUGGGCUUUAAUUUUCGGCCUAUUAUCGACCUUUGGCCUAUCGGUCGCUGCGAAUUUUCAAGAGACCUCCGUUCUCGUCGUACACUUUAUCGGCGCUCUGCUCUGCUUCGGUGGUGGUACCGCAUAUUUUUGGACGCAGGCUGUGUGCACGUUCUACCUUCAUCCGCUCGGAUGCUCGUUGAGACUCGCUCACGUACGAACGGCAUUGUCAACCUUUUGCACCGUUUGUUUCGUCGUGACUCUGAUCACCGGUGUGCUGGCACGCUUGGCUUACAAGGGCACGAAUCCCCGAAAAUGGUACAGGGAGGACGGUGGAUGGGAGCUCCACGUGGCUAGCACGAUCACGGAAUGGCUAUGCGCUGGUGCAUUCGCCGUCUACAUUUUGACCUUCUCCGAGGAAUUUCGGGAUGUCAAAGUUAUCCAUCCGAAGGUAGAUGAUUGGCAAUGACGAUGAUUAGAGACGAAAGUCGCAAGAACGAUCACCUGAUCGGUCAUAGGCAGAGGCGCCGGUGGUUACGUCAACCUCCUCUCGCAUUCACCAGUGAACACCCCGUGUCCCGGUUACAGGUACCGUGAAUCCCGCGAACCCCUAUUGGACGAGGCCGCGCCCCUGAUCGCGACCACGCCACCAGCCGCCUGUGACGUCGAGGGAAGGACCGACGUCCUCUGCCCUGUACAGAUACACGUGCACGACCCCUACACGGCACGCGAGAGACGAAGACGGAUGGACGAGGAGGACGAGACGGAGCGGAGAGGGGUGCAGAAAUGGGGGGGGAAUCAUCGGUCGAGGAAUUGGAUCGAUCUGGACGAGAACGUGUUGGACGGUUACAUACUAAUGGACGACUCGUGCCUCGAGUCGGGCGUCAUACCGGACGAGACGAAGGAGCUUCCGUAUCCGGAGGGGGGCGUGGAGGUGGACGAGGAGGACGCGGAUAGCCACGGUAAAGACGAUUGCUCGAUUUACAGCAUUGCCAGGAGAGGGGUCUCGAGGAGAGGGCCUCGUGGAGAGGAGUUCGAUCUGAGCUCGACCUAUCCCCUUGCCAACAGUCACGGAAACGCUUACAAAGAGUCGAGCAGUCACACGAGGUACACCGAGUUGUACACCGAGUUGGCUGUUAAGAAUUACUUGGAGGGGAAUCGGGAAGAAAUGGGUAAUUACUCCGUGGCUAACAGCCACGGCGAUCACAGCGUGUCCUCGGAGAAUAGGGAGCGAAGUUUGAGGGAGAAAGCGGAGACCGAUCAAUCGGCGUGGGACACGAGACAGCAUGCGAAUUACGAGGUGGCCAACAGUCACAGCAAUUACAGAGUGUUCUACGACAGUCAGACGCAGCAGAGGGAGUUGUUGAGGACGAGCGGUUGGUCGAUAGAGUCUUGGAGGGAGCAUUUAAUGGGAGCCAAUAAUUACGUGGUGGAGGAGCGGAAGCAGAAAUCGGAGAACGCGGGCCAACUCGUCCGCGACGACGAAUCGACGAGAACGAGUCGGUCGGAGGCGAAAAGCGAUCCCGGCUCCGAACCAGCGUGCGACAUCGAACAAUGCCUCGUCCAGAUCGAGGAAAGCCUGUUGAACAUCGAGCAGAAUUUGCUUCACGUCCAAGACCUCGACAUACCGGAAUUGAGGAAUCUUUUGUACAAAAGUCCGAGCAUCGAGAAAAGUCUCUACGAGGUUCAAGACCUCUUGUACGCUGACGGUAUUGUUCCUGUAAUCAAUAAGAGAAAAUCCUCGACUCUGAUAUCCGAAGACGAGGACGAAGAGGACGAGGAGGAAGAGGAGGAGGAGGAGGAAGAGGAGGAGGAGGAGGAAGAGGAGGAGGAGGAGGAAGAGGAGGAAGUUUGGGUGGGUCGUAACAUAACCGUAAAAGAUAACGACAACGAAGACGACGACGCUGCUGCCUGCACGUUGGAUGCCUCGAACGAGGAGUCAUCCGACACGGCUAACAUAGACGAGAACAAUCGUUCGGGAUCGGUGGACAAUUGUUCGACCACCGCCGACUGCACGAACGGCUCGACCAUGUUCCACGAGGACGUGUCCGUCGAUCCGAAUUGCAACGAGAAAACCAUCAACUUCAUCCCGAACAGUUUGAACAAAACUUUGCCCAGAAGAAUCAUUCUCGACGGUGCCAAGGAGAAUAUCAGGCUUUGCUCCUCGGAGCCCGAAGAGUCGACCACGGUCGAUUACAAUUUGAACACCACCUGCGCCGAGAAGAAGUUGUUCUGUCGCGACAAGUGUCACAGCAGGACCAACUCGUUGGACGAAAAUUCCACGUUCUCGAAUUUCGAUUCGUUCGAUAAACGGGAGACGGGGAAAAGCUCUUUGCAGAGCUUGCUGUUCGAAUCGGCGAACGGGAACUUGUUCGAAGUACAUUCCGGGAAGGCAAGGUCGGAGGAGAUGCUGCCUCGGACGCCUCGGAACAGAUGUUUCAACGCGAGUAGAAAGAAGCCGAGGGAGAAACGGGCUGCGGACGCGAACACGGAGGACAGGAAGCUCGAGCCCGUCGUUUCCUCGACUCGUCGUUUCGCGGCGAACGAGCAGAAGAGGGGGAAAAUUUCGAAGGAAUCGGCGAACGCGCCGCGGCCGAUUAUUCGUGAGAAAUCACCGAACAGGACGAGGCGAGGCACGAUCUCCGCGGACAAGGUUCAAGAGAAGGACAAGGAUUUGUCCGGCAAAUGCACAACGGACAACAAGAGGAAACGGAAGAAGAUAUCGAGCAGAAGUCAAAGUUCCUCGGAGAACGCGUUAGUGCCUAGCAAAUUGAUCUCUCUUUCGCUGUCUCUUCUUCUCGCGGCUUUGUUGCAAGCGGUCAGGUGUCUUACGGACCUCGUCGAGGACGCGUUCAGAUCUGUCAACUGCGACAGAAGCGGCCUAUUGCAAUAACGCUGCAUCCGCGAACGGUUCUCGUCCGGCACGAGGCCCAUUCGUUCAGAACGCGGCAACAUCCAACGAGAUUAUCGCGUAUGAAUGGUAACGUUAGAUGGCACUAACACACAUACACACACACGUACAUACACAUACAUUGUUACUAUUAUUUUUCUUCGCUGUACUCCCACUUCGUUUUCAAAUACGUACUGUCUCCCGUCCAAGACCAGAUUUCUGUCGAGAUGGCCGUAAUUUCAACCAAUUUUUCUAAUUUUUUUCAUCAGAUGAGAAAUUUCUGAUUCCACAACUUUUCUUCCUUCUCGAUGUUAGCGUUGCAAUGUCACAUGGAUCUGAUAUUUGUGAUUAGAGAUUUGGACUCAAUCUGUAGAUAAUUGACCCAAGUUUGUAAAAUUGAUUCAUAAUACGGCUUGCACAACUUGUGAAAUUUUUCCCUUUCCUUUCUUCGAGUAUAAAAAUAAUUAAUCGCACGAAUAUGAAAGAAAAUCGUCGAUUCGGUAAUAUCGUUCGAUACAGAAAUUAAUCAUACAUUGAGGAACAAUAAAAUAGAUAGACAUCUAUCUUCUAUUAUCGAUCAAUCGCGAUUCCAUUACUAAGAUAAACGGUGAAUAACUAACUCGGCUCGAAAAGAUAUAACAAGCGCGAUACUUUCAACAAUUAUCGCAAGUGUUUCUCCGAGUGCCGAGUUUUCUAAUUACCGAAACGCAUAAAAAAACCAAUUACGACUCCUCUUAUGCUCCGCUCUUUAACCGAGGUCACCUUUUCAGAGAAGGCGCCUAAUGAAACUGGUUCUUGCGAGACAAGGGGGAAACGAGUUCAUCCUCGGUCCAAAGACAGUCCGACCCGAACCCGACCAACUUAUCAUUUGCAACCGUAAACGUCCACAAGCUACAGCUGAUGUCUGUGAUAAAUUGCUAUUGCUUACGAUUUUAUGUUUCUUACGCACGGUACGCUUACAACAAUACCAAGGCAACAAGUUAUUUAUCGUAGGGGGAGAGGAGUACACACACACACUCGUUACUUGUACACACGCUCGUUUAUUAAGAAGAUCGCAACAAUGAACGAUGGCGCAGGAACGAGACGUGCGAUUUUUCUAUAUAGUUUCCUCAUUCUUUUCUUUUCCUUCUAUUCUUUAAUUCAAGAAUUUAUUUUAUGUAUAUAUAUAUAUAUAAAAAGGUGCUACCGCGUGCAACCGUCUAGACGCGAUUAGUUCGCGUGAAACGAAAGCGUGUCACGUGGAUGGAACGAAGAGAGGGAGAGAGAGGGAGAAAGAGAAACAUUUUUCACGAGCUUCCAAGAGAAGAUGUUUUAAGGAGACGCUAGACGGGUAUGUGCCAGAAACGACGAUGACGCGAAAACGAUAGUGCACGAUAAUAGAAAGAAGAAGUUUCGCAGAUAAGUCUUAUCGAUGGAGCAAAGUACGGGCUAAGCAUGUUACGGUAUUUAGCACCGCGUACGUAACGUUCUAAAGUGCCUAAAAUGAAAAAAAAAAAAAAAGAAAAAAGAGGAAAAAAACUCGUCGCGUAUCGCGGAUACGCGAGUUGCAGUUUACAGUUAUUUGUCUAAUUGAUUAAAACUUUCGAUCUAACGAUUUAACGCUAUUUAAUAUCUUACUUACUACUAUCCCUAUCGUAAGCCUGUUUUUUCAAGGUGUAACACGUUGCUGGGAGGAAGGAGCCGGAGAAAAAAGGAGGAAGGUGAAAAAUAAAAAAAAAAAAUAAAAAAAAAGAAAAGAAAGAGAAAAGAUGAAAAUAAUAAAGGAAAGCGAAGCAAAAAAAAAAAAAUGACUGGCUUAGAACGCUUAGAAACGCGUUUGGAUGCGCUUCUCUGUGUGUCUGUGAAUCACUUCAUCCCUGCCCCCUCCCUUUCCCUUUCCCCGAGUCUUAUCCCUUCCUAUCGUUCCACAUGGCGAGAGGCGUUAAAGGUCGAAGUUUAGACCCAGGCAAAAUUAAUUUCUCUACUAGCGGAGAGUUUAAUUAAUUAAGAAACUUUUUCAAGGAAUUCGCGAAUCCACUUUUCGAAUAAAGUUAAACCCUGUAUAUUUGAAAAUAGUCGAGAGGGGGGAGGGGGAUACUGUUUCGUUUGUGCGCGUAGGCGCACAAAAAAAAAAAGAAAGAAAGGAAUUGUCCUUCCGAGGAAAGUGACGUGAGAGUUAUCGAUAAGUUAUUAAUAAAUAAUAAAUAUUUUAAAUAUUUUAAUUUAUGUAACGUAGAAUUCUUUUUUAGAUAUCAAGGAAUUAAAACGGAACGACCAUUCGACGAUGUAUAUAAUUUGGGGGAUCCAAAUCCCUUUCUUCGUUUCCCAUUUAUCGUUUUUCCAAUUAAAAAUUUUUCCUACUA